CUCUUCUGCAAAGCACUGUGCCACUCGCAUACAUGCAUUCGUAACUCUUCCAUAUCCACCUCGAAUAUGCACCAACUCCCCCGUGCCCUCCGACUCCGGCAACAGCCCACCCUCCUUCACAACACCCUCCGCCAUCGUAACUUCAGCAAAACGACACGACGGCGGCAACCCCAACUCCUCUACAAGCCCUCCGGCGAACCCGUCCGCUACCAAGCCGUCCGCUUUCAACCCGGACCUUUCUUCACAUGGCGCCGCGCAGCCACCAUCGGCGUGUAUAGCGGCAUAGCCUACGCCUACCUCAACCUCAUCUUCCGCUACCUCGAUGUCGAGAUCGAAUACCUCGAUGAUGACGAAGCCGAGCAAGAUGAUGCGCCGAGAGAAGGACACGAGGUUGCGGCGGAAGAAGAGGAAGGGCCAUUCUACGCGGAAGAAGGCAGUACCUUCAUACCCUUGACGUGGGCUACUCAGAUGCCGCGAACAUUCUACAAGGGUAGCGAUGCGGAGUGGCAAGAGUUUGUGAAAGUCGCAAAGGACAAACCGCGGCAAAAGCGUAUACAGGAUGAACUUGUCCAGGUUGUGUUCACGGGUUCCACGCAGCAUCCUCUCAUAGCACGCCAAGUCGGUCCAGAAGCGAAGAUAGGCAAGUAUUGGCUCGACAUUUCCUUUCCAGACGGCCCUCCGCAGGAAUACGAGCGCAGUGGGUUGGAGCUUGGCGAAGGAUUCGUGGCAUGGAGUCGGCAGAAAGUCAGUGCUGAGAACCAGUGGCGGAUGAUGCGGGCUCUGUGGCCUCGAGCGGCAUUCGAGAGUCUGUGGAUGACGGGGAAGGUGUUGGUGGGGAUACAGUAUAGGAGGGCGAAGCAGGCUUUAGGAUGGGAGGGCAAGGAUCCCUUAAGUCCGGAAGAGAGGUACAGACAGGCGAUGGAGAUGAUGCAGAAGCAGCGCGCAGUGGGAGGGGAGAGGAAGGAGGUGGGUGGGACGCAGAGUGCGCCCGAUGGCACGCCGGUGGUGACGAGUGGAGGUGAGGCGCCUUUACUGCCCUCUUCCUCGCCGAGUAAGGUUGGGAAUGCGAAUGACAAAAGGCUGCCUUGGAUGGUCAAUGUGCCGAUGCCUUCGAACAGUGGCUCGCCCGGCACGGACAUACCUAUCGCCAUGCACGUGUUCUCCCAUACACUCUCGAAACAGUGGAACCCGAAGAAGAUGGAGCCGCCUCGAGGCACGUUCGUCGUGCAAGGUUUGGUGGAGGUGAGAGGGAAGAAAGGCAGGAUGUUGUUCGACGUGCAGAGCUGUUAUGAUCCUAAGGCGGGCAAGUACGUGGCGGUUAAUGCUGCGGUAAGGAAUUACAAGAGGUGGAAUCAGGCUCCGAAAGGAGGACCAUGA